AUGGCAGCGGGACAGGGGGACACAACAAAGAUCAUCGGCAGGGAAGGCAAGAUCGCCGUCAACACUCAGUCCAUGCUGAACCGGGUGAAUAUGUACGAGUCGACGGGCAUCAGGAGAGAGAUUCCGCCUGACUACUAUGGGAGGUUCAAGGAGGCGUUCAUCACGGAGGCCAACGAGUUCACGGCGUGCUGCUUGGACGACACAACCCCGCCUAAGGAGAGCCUGGGUACUGGGAGGAAAAUCGAGUUCGACGAGUCUGGAAAUCGGACGCAGAGGGGUCGCUUGUGA